ACAUGCAAGAUGGCGACCCAUCAUAGGCAAAACGCCGCCGGACGGAGGAAAGUCCAGGUAUCUUACGUUAUACGAGAUGAAAUUGAAAAGUACAAUCGCAAUGGUGUGAACGCACUGCAGUUAGACCCCGUUUUGAACAGGCUUUUCACUGCCGGCAGGGAUUCCAUCAUCAGAAUAUGGAGUGUCAAUCAGCACAAACAGGACCUGUACAUAGCUUCUAUGGAGCACCAUACUGAUUGGGUUAAUGACAUAGUGCUCUGCUGUAAUGGAAAAACGUUGAUAUCAGCAUCCUCAGACACCACUGUAAAAGUGUGGAAUGCACAUAAAGGCUUCUGCAUGUCGACGUUACGGACACACAAGGAUUACGUCAAAGCUUUAGCGUAUGCAAAAGAUAAGGAACUGGUCGCUUCUGCUGGGCUCGACAGACAGAUUUUCUUAUGGGAUGUGAACACACUAACAGCACUGACUGCCUCUAAUAACACAGUCACCACAUCUUCACUAAGUGGAAACAAGGACUCCAUCUACAGUCUAGCCAUGAACCAGAUGGGAACAGUUAUUGUCUCUGGUUCCACUGAGAAGGUCUUGAGGGUAUGGGAUCCAAGAACAUGUGCUAAAUUAAUGAAACUUAAAGGCCACACAGACAAUGUCAAGUCAUUAUUACUAAACAGAGAUGGAACUCAGUGUCUCUCCGGUAGCUCAGAUGGAACAAUCCGUCUAUGGUCCCUGGGCCAGCAGAGGUGCAUUGCCACGUACCGCGUCCACGAUGAAGGCGUGUGGGCCCUUCAGGUCAACGAGGCUUUCACACACAUCUACUCAGGCGGCAGGGACAGGAAGAUCUACUGCACAGAUCUACGCAACCCUGACAUACGAGUUCUGAUCUGUGAGGAAAAGGCCCCUGUUCUCAGAAUGGAGUUGGACAGGUCAGCGGAUCCUCCGUCAGCUAUUUGGGUGUCCACCACUAAGUCUUCUGUAAACAAAUGGUCUCUAAAGGGAAUGCAUAAUUUCAGAGCAUCAGGUGACUAUGAUAAUGACUGCAGUGCUCCUCUGAUCCCACUUUGUGCCCAGCCUGAGCAGGUCAUCAAAGGGGGUGCCAGUAUAACUCAGUAUCACAUAUUGAAUGACAAGAGACACAUACUCACCAAAGACACCAACAAUAAUGUGGCAUUCUGGGAUGUCCUCAAGGCUUGUAAAGGGGAAGACCUUGGAAAAGUAGAAUUUGACGAAGAGAUAAAGAAGCGCUUCAAGAUGGUCUAUGUUCCAAACUGGUUUUCUGUGGAUCUUAAAACAGGGAUGCUAACCAUCACCUUGGAUGAAAGUGACUGUUUUGCAGCAUGGGUGUCAGCUAAAGAUGCUGGUUUUGCGAGUCCAGAUGGCUCUGACCCAAAGUUAAACUUGGGUGGACUUUUGCUUCAGGCCCUUCUGGAGUUCUGGCCCAGAACACACAUCAACCCCAUGGAGGAAGAGGAGAAUGAGGUCAACCAUGUUAACGGGGAGCAGGAGAAUCGGAUCCAGAAAGGAAAUGGAUAUUUCCAGGUGCCUCCCCAUACCCCUGUGAUUUUUGGAGAGGCAGGAGGGAGAACCCUUUUCAGGUUGUUAUGUCGGGAUUCCGGGGGAGAAACUGAGUCCAUGUUGUUGAAUGAAACUGUUCCACAGUGGGUGAUUGAUAUAACUGUAGAUAAAAAUAUGCCUAAAUUCAACAAAAUUCCCUUCUACCUCCAGCCCCAUUCAUCCUCAGGUGCCAAAACACUUAAGAAGGAUCGCUUGUCGGCUAGCGACAUGCUACAGGUCAGGAAAGUGAUGGAACACGUGUAUGAGAAGAUCAUCAACCAGGACACGGAGUCGCAGACCACCAGCUCCUCGGCUAAUGAGAAGGCAGGAGAGCAGGAGAAAGAAGAGGACAUGGCCAUGAUGGCGGAGGAGAAGAUUGAGCUGAUGUGUCAGGACCAGGUUUUAGAUCCUAACAUGGACCUUCGAACAGUGAAACAUUUCAUUUGGAAGAGUGGUGGAGACUUGACUCUACACUACAGACAAAAGUCCACGUGAGAUUCAGAGUGAAAGAGACUGUCAUCCUUCACUGCUUGCCAGUUCAGAUUCUCUGCCAUUGGCUCUCGGAGCCCGUACCUUAACCCCGUCAUCCCUCCGGCUCUGAGAGAAGUAUUAUUGACCUGUUCAGAAUAUCCUGUGUGAGGAGCUCUCUCCUCAUGAUGUAUCAUAAGAAAUGUAAGAAAAAAGAGCAAACCUGCACAGGCACCUGUCGGUUGGAGACGGACAGCGUCAUGUGACUUUUUGCUUUGUACAGUGGACUGAUUUUCCUGAAAUGUAAUAUACACAACUUCUCAAUUUUAACUUUUGUUUUCUUUCUUUUUCUCUUGCAUUCAGGCUCUUUUUUUUUUCUCUCUUGCUUUUAUUUUACUUUCAUUUAUUCUGGUAUAACAGAUGUUUUAAAAGCACCGUGGUUGUGUUUCAAACGCACUGUGUGAUG